AUGGCUGAAGCAUGCGAUUUAUACGAUGAAGAAGAAUGGAAAGAGGAUUUUACAUUUGAUAUGAGAGAAGUCGCACAAGCUUCAUCGUCUUUGAUAACCGAAAGAUUUGGGGAAUUCAAAGGUCGUUAUACUGUCGAAAUGAGACCAAAAUUUUCGGAAAAUUUGCAGGUAAAUCAAGGAAGCUUGAUUGAUGUUUUAUUUGAAGAAAAAAUUCAAUUUAUUGGCGACUUUGAUGAAAACAGAUAUAUUCCUCAAUCAUUUGAAGAGAUGAAUUUAAUGCCAGCCUUGAUGGAAAAUAUAUCAAAAAAAGGCUAUAUAAAACCAUUGCCUGUGCAGAAAGCAGCCUAUUCUGCUAUAAAAGCAGGCUUUAAUGUCGUUGGACAUGCGCAAACUGGUGCAGGUAAAACUGCAGCAUAUUUAAUACCGAUAGUUGAUUGGAUUUUGAGAAUGAAAAUGAAUAAGGCGAUUAGUCGAAAUCGUUUUCCUUACUGCAUUAUCAUUUCACCAACGAAAGAAUUAGCUGAGCAAAUUUAUAAUAGUGCUUUGGAAUUCGUUCAUGAAACGAAUUGUGCUGUAAUUGUUUCGUUCGGCGAAAUUCGGCGAUCAAAAUCUAUUGAUGAGCUUUCAAAAGGUUGUGAUAUUUUUAUUUCAACCGUUGGGCGUCUGUGUGAUUUUAUCCAACAAUCAGUGUUCGAUUUACGCUCGCUCCAGUUUAUAAUCUAUGAUGAAGCUGACAAAGUGCUUGAUCCCAGUUUCUUCGAUGCGCUCAAAGAGAAAUUCUUUCCUUACAUUCAAAAUAAUGAAUCUGUGCAAAAAUUAUUGUUCAGUGCAACGGAUCACUCCUUGGAUUUUCUUAAAAAUGAGUUUUUGGGCUCAAAUAUUGUCGAGAUUAUUGUUGGAAGAUUGAAUACUGUCAGCUACGAUAAUGGAACACCUCCAAAGACUAUUAUUUUUGUUAAUACAAGACGGAAAAGUACAGUGAUAGCGUGUUAUAUUUCUCUCAAAGGUUUUCUCGCUUAUCCUACUCAUGGAUGUCUGACGAGCUACUUGCGUCGAGAAGCCAUUAAAGCAUUCGAAUCUGAUGAGUGUAAUAUAUUGGUGUCGACUGACUUGCUUGGAAGAGGAAUUGAUUUAAAAAAUGUAACUCAUAUAAUUAAUUACGAUUUACCAAAUGAAUGGUCUUCUUAUGUACAUCGUGUAGGAAGGACUGGAAGAUUAGGAAAUGAAGGUCGUGCAACAUCAUUUUUUUGUUAUCCAGACGAUGUCCCUAUGGCCUCUCUUCUAGCAGAAUGGUUAAAAACGAAUAAUCAAACAGUUCCUGAAUUUAUCCGUCAAUGCAUUACUAUCGAAGAUGAUUCUGAUGACGAGAAAAAUGUGUAA